AUGGCUAUCCAUUUGUACAGACCGGACAUUGAAGAUGCAGAGAAUCGUGUCAGAGAUUAUCCUUUGGAACACCUCUACGAUUGCUACGACUUCAUAAUUAUAGGCGCUGGUUCAGCCGGAGCGGUUGUAGCAAACCGAUUAUCAGAAAAUCCCGAGUGGAAUAUUCUUUUACUCGAAGCUGGGCAAGAUGAGAACGUUUUAUCGGACGUCCCUUCGUUAUUUCCUGUUUUGCAGACAUCAUCUAUAGACUGGCAGUUCGUGACAGAGCCAAGCGAAGAAUAUUGUUUGGGUAUGGUAGAUAGAAGAUGUAAAUGGCCUCGUGGUAAAGUACUCGGCGGUUCUAGUGUGUUAAACGCAAUGUUGUAUAUUAGAGGCAAUAAACGUGACUACGACAAUUGGGCCGAAAUGGGCAACAUUGGCUGGUCUUACAAUGAUGUACUGAAAUAUUUCCUCAAAUCUGAAGACAUGAGAAUACCAGAAUACCAAAAUAAUCCAUAUCAUGCGGUUGGUGGACCUAUAUCUAUAGAGAACUUUGCAUAUGAACAACCUAUAACUAGAAAAGUGUUAGAAGCUGCCCAGCAAAUGGGAUAUAAUAUAAUCGAUGUUAAUGGAGCAUCUCAAACAGGAUUUACGCGAUCUCACGCUACUCUCCGUGAUGGACUUCGAUGUAGUACAGCUAAAGGCUACUUAAGGCCUGCUUUUAAAAGACCUAACCUGCAUAUCAGCGUUCAUUCCUUAGUAGAAAAAAUACUUAUUGAUGAGAACAAAAGAGCAUAUGGUGUUAAAUUUGUGAAACACGGUCAAACCAAAAUAAUUAAAGCUAGUAGAGAGGUGAUUUUAUCAGCAGGCUCUAUUCAAUCACCUCAAUUACUGAUGCUUUCAGGAAUUGGUGACAGUGAACAUUUAAAAGAAGUUGGAAUAUAUCCUAUAGUAAAUCUUCCAGGUGUGGGGAAAAAUCUUCAGGAUCAUGUCGCAAUGGGUGGUCACUCAUUUCUUUUCGACAAUCCUUAUGACAACGGGACCGACUACUGUUUUAAUCUGAACACAGUGUGGUCCUUUGGAAACGUUAUAGACUUUAUACUCAAUAAAAAGGGUUCCUUGUACAGUAUGAUGGAAGCGGAAGCGAUGGCUUUUGUGAACACAAAGUAUCAAGAUCCCGCUGAAGAUCAUCCUGAUAUUCAAUUCUUUAUUGCGCCUACAGCUGAUAACAUGGACGGCGGUCUUUUCGGAAAACGAGCGAAUGGACUGACAGACGAAACUUACGCCGAACUAUACGAAGAUAUUCUUUAUGAACCUUCUUUUUCAAUAGUUCCUUUGGUUAUAAGACCUAAAAGCCGUGGUUAUAUAAAACUUAAAGACGCAAAUCCAUACUCGCCACCGCUUAUUUAUGCUAACUAUUUUCAGGAUCUGAUGGAUAUUAAAACAUUGAUAGAAGGAGCUCGAAUAGUCGACGCACUGGUUAAACAGCCCGCACUACAAGAGAUCAAUGCACGGCCUAACCCGCACCGGAAUCCUGGAUGUAACCAACACUCCCUAAUGUCUGAUGAGCAUUUAGAAUGUCAGGCUCGACACCAUUCGCUUACGAUCUAUCAUCCAGUGGGUACUUGCUCUAUGGGUCCCGCGGACAACGGUGAUGCUGUCGUUGAUCCAAGACUACGUGUUUACGGAGUUAAAGGUCUAAGAAUAGUCGAUGGAAGCAUUAUGCCUACAAUCGUCAGCGGAAACACAAACGCGCCUAUCAUCAUGAUCGGCGAAAAAGCUUCUGACAUGAUUAAAGAAGACUGGGCAGAAAAUGUUGCCGAAGAAGUCAUCCACUGCAGUCAAGGUUACAGCAGACAAAAUGAAGGUGCGAAUAACACAGAAGAUAAUGGACCGAAGAAAAUACAGCUAUCGCAAAAUGAAGCACCAAAUCUACUAAACGAAAUGGCAGACCUAUUUCCGCGUCUAUCUCAUGGCUUGAUACAUCCCAAGCCAAACAACGGCGGAGGGGACGGUGCAUCUUCUUUUUCAACAAAUUUACAGAACGAUAAAAAAGGGAAUUCUCUUCCUAAUUCAUACAACUCAAUCCACCAAUUCGGAACUCCUGAUGUAGCUAAAACGUAUAGAGAUGAUUUAAGUUUAUACAAUUGGCGUCCGUAUCCAUACGGAGCUCCUGAGUACGUUUUUAAACAAAAUCCAUGGCGUAUAAACACAAUGCGAGAACCACUUCCAGAAUUUUAUCUCACUCGCAAUGAAUAUCCUUAUGUUAAAUCGUAUAGUGAAAUACCAAUGCGAUAUAAGCCAGUAAAAGGACCGUUCUACGACAACUGGCGGUACCAUAUUCCGACAAAUAGAGCAAAUAAAAAUAGAAAUAAAAUUUAUUUUCGAACGGAUGAAGUAAUGACGCCUAAAGGAAGUAAAGAUUGUAAAAUUUGGUUAUAUUACGAUGGAAUGAAAUAUAAAAUUACGGUGUAA